UAUAACCACACUGUUGUUCCAAUACAAGAUGAAGAAACCUCGGAUUCCACAGAGGAGGAAUCGGGAGAUGGACCAGUGGAAGCAGUAGAUGACUUGUUUUUUGAAGUCACGGCUUCAGUUGAUAAAAGUGACAGGCUCGCUCCGGUCCCUGGUGAUGGCAGUGCAGGUGCCUCACAUGGAAUAAUGGAAAGGAAGGAGCUUCUUGCAGGUAUCAUUGCUGGCGGUUUAGCAGGAUUGGUGUUUGCUGCAUCCUUGGUGGCAUUUGUGUUCUACCGGAUGAAGAAGAAAGAUGAAGGAAGCUAUUCCUUAGAGGAGCCAAAGCAGUCAAACGGGGGAUACCAGAAACCACGGGAGCAGAGGGAGUUCUACGCCUAG